CUCUCAUUCUCUCCAUCUGUCCCCUCCCUAUUCCCCCUCCUCUCACCUGUCUCGGCUCAAAGUCCAGCAUCCAAUUCUUGUCGCAUCUUCCUCUAGUAGCCGGACCGCCUCCCACUCUUCCGAAGACGCUACCAGUGAGCCUCGACCUCCGCACGCCUGACCACUCCCUACUCGGCUUGGGCCGCUAUCCGGAGCGACGACAUCGAGUGGGCUGUGAGAGCUUGGCAAAAGGCUUUCCACCAUACCCUACGAAUCCCUGAUCGCCUUCUUCUCCUCGGUCGCAUCUUUCUUUGUCUGUGUUUCACCGCGCUCGUCGCAUUUAUACCCGCCACCAUGUCCAAGGUCGUUCGCAGUGUCAAGAACGUGACAAAGGGAUACUCCUCGGUGCAGGUGAAGGUCCGAAAUGCUACCAGUAACGAUCCAUGGGGCCCGACGGGCACUGAUAUGUCCGAGAUUGCGGCUAUGACAUUCGGGAGCCCGAACGAGUUCUACGAGAUCAUGGACAUGCUUGACAAGCGCCUCAACGACAAAGGAAAAAACUGGCGCCAUGUACUCAAGUCAUUGAAGGUCCUGGACUACUGCCUUCACGAGGGAUCGGAGCUGGUGGUGACUUGGGCCCGGAAGAACGUCUAUAUCAUCAAGACCCUGCGCGAAUUCCAAUAUGUAGAUGAGGAGGGAAGAGAUGUUGGCCAGAAUGUACGUGUGGCCGCAAAAGAACUCACCGCAUUGGUGUUGGACGAGGAUCGACUGCGCAGCGAACGAUCAGAUCGCAAGCUUUGGAAGACUCGUGUGAGUGGACUCGACGAUGGAUAUGGAGGAGGCAGCGCCAGCGAGCCUUCACGCCGGGAGCGCCGGCGACCCCGCCGUGACGACGAGGAUGACACCGAAUACCGAUUGGCGAUUGAGGCCAGCAAGGCCGAGGCCGAGGCCGAGGAGCGCAAGCGACGGGCGAAGGAGGCCAACAUUGAUGACGACGAGGAUCUGCAAAAGGCGAUUCAGCUCAGUCGGGAAGAGGAGGACCUGCGGAAGCGCGAACUGGAGCAAAGCAAUGCACACUCGCUGUUCGAUGAAACCCCGGCCCAGGUCCAGCCCACUGGGUUCAAUCAGGGAUACCAGCAACAGGGUGCUGUCGACUGGUUCGGCAACCCAAUUAAUGUCCAGCAGCCCAUGACGACAGGCUUCUUGAACAACCAAUAUGCGCAGCCUACGGGAUUCCAAGGCCAGCCGACUGGCAUGGCCAACCCAUAUGCAAAUGGAUACCAGCAGCAGCAGCCCUCUGCUUUCGACCAAAACCCCUAUGGCCAGGCCCAGAACAACUUCUUGCAGCCACAAGCUACCCUCCAACCCCAGCACACUUCAUUCAACACCAACAACCCCUACGGACCUACCGAUGUUUUCGGCCAGCAACAGCAACAGCAACAGCCCCAAGAGAACUACUUGUCCGCUGGUAGCAACAAUCCUUGGGCUGGAAAUCAACCUGCCGAUGCAUUGAAGCCCAUGGCAACGGGCUCGAACAAUCCGUUUGCCCAACGCACUCAGCCCCAGUUCAACAGCACAUCAACGAAGCCCGGCCCUCCGUCCCUCAACACUUUGGCCGAAGACCGUGCCACUUCGCAAUUCAACAACAACAACAACAACCAGUAUAACCUCAGCCAAUACUCCCAGCAGCCCGGCCAGCCGAACCCCAUCGCCAACUUCCAAGCCCCUCAGCCAUCAAAGAGCACUCCACCUCAGCCUGCAGACCCUCACCAUGCCCGUCUCAAUGCGCUUCUUGCAUCGGGCGAGGGCCAGGACACCUUCGGAAAUGUUGGCGACUUGCGUAUCCCUGCGCAGCACACGGCGCCGGGUACGUUCGUCAACUCCGCUGGUCAGGGUCUGGAUCGUCUCCAUGCGGCCCAGACCGGCAACAACCCCUUCUUCGGCCAGCAAUAUACCGGUAUGCCCCAGCAGACCGGUUUCAUGCAACAGCAGCCUACCAACAACCCCUGGGGUGCUCAGCAACGACCGCAGCAGCAUGGCGGUAGUCUGAUCGACCUCUAGAUCCAACAUUCUUGGAUACCACUUCUCAUUUUCAUUUCGCCCCUUUCCAUUACGCUUCGGGUCUCUCACGAGAAGUCUUGGCUAGGAUCUCCAUAGUAUCGACCUCUUGCUUCGCCUUUUUUCCUUCUUCCCUUUUCCAUGUCACGCCACCUACAUGGAAACCAGAGCGCAGUUGCAUUGUGAAGCCUCGCACCCCAGAUCCCGAAUUUUCCAUCUCACAAUAUGCUUGUCUCCCUUUUCUCACUUUCCUUCUGGGUCACAGAAUAUCCCCUGGUCGUUUUUUUUCUUUUUGUCCUCCCAUGCUUUCUUCGUGUCCCGUCUCCUUUUUUCCCUUCUCUUUUGUCUCCUCCGUCUCGUCGUUAGGAUAUCCUUCUCACUUUCUCAAUCGGGCUUAUGGUCUUUUUUUUUUCUCAUCAUUUGUUUUCUCCGUGCUGCAUUUUGUAGAAAUUUGUAGAUCUGCUAGGGCUGUUGAUUGUUCAGGCUGUAGUUGUGCUGCUGCCUAGAUUGAUUCCAGAUUCUUUUAAUUGUGCUGGAAUGACGGGCAUAGUUGAAUCCCGACCUAGAAAUAAGUUAGGGCUUCGGGCACGAUAUUUUGGCUUCUCGCACCAUAUACUAUACCCCUACAUAUGC